CCUAUAUUAAUUAAUGGAAGAAAGUAUGAGCAGAACUGAAGACCCUAAACCAUCAGAUAAGAGCAAAACCAAGUCUAAAAAGGUGCUAAGCUUCUUCUCUAAACUAUGCUGUCUGUCCACAGGAGAGACUGCACAUACUGGUUUGAGGGAUAAGAUCAGAAAACAAAGGUUGUCUUGGAUAUAAGCCAAGUGGAUGAUGAUAGAAAGGAGAAUGACAUUGAAGAAAUACAACCAAGAUACCCAACUAAACCGAUUUCAUUAAAAUAAAAGAAGAGAGAAUAAGGACAAGCUAAGAAAGAUUCAGGAGAAAGGUAGCCAGGAAGAUGAAAAAUAAUGAUGAUGACGAAAGUAAAGUUAAUGCGUCCAUCAUCUCUGGUGCCUCAGCUAUAAGAUUGAUCAUACCUCCUUAUUCCUCCCCUCCUGGACCAACUAAGAAGGCCAUGGACAGGAAAACAGAUCAAUCUGACAAUCCUCUUGUUGUUGAUGAGAGUCAGAGAAAGCACAAACCUAAGAAAUCUCAUGUAAACAAGCCUGCACCUAGCUUUUUGCAGAGAGUUCAUGAAAAUAAAUAUUUUGGAAAGCUUCAUAAGCACAAAGAACAUUCUCAAACUAAAGAAACCAAGAAGCAUCAUGCGAACCAUGGAGGUUCCAAUAAACCAGAGAAAUUUCGGAUAAGUAUUAAUGACCAGGACGCUCCGAUAAUAAAUAAAUUUGUCAAUGAAAAGCCAGAAAUAAAGGAAAAGGAUGUAUUUAACAAGAUAAAAGUCUUUGCUGAUCAGAGUGAGGCUCCUCUAGACUCUUGAUCUGCCAAGAUAAACUUGAAGGAAAUUAUCAACACAGAGUCUGAACACAUCAUGAAAUGAUCUGUUUCUGAACUACAGAGAGGAGACCUAAACGUCUCUCCAGUCGAUUUGGUUAGCAAUAGCGAGAAUACUUCAGAAUUUAACAUUCCAGAUCAUAAUGAUGACAAUUUUGUCCAUCCGCUUAAGCAAAGAACUUCAAGUUUUAGGAAAAUGACAAGGCCUAGGCCACGCUUGAGCGUCUCAAAAAGGUUGUCUGUCGUGGACAAUCGUAGAGGCAGUGAAUCCCCUUUCUUUGGGAAUAAGCCAUUCCAGAAUUGGGAUAAGAGAAGAUCCAAAAUGACACUUGAAGAGGUUCGAUCUAUUCGUACAAUGAACUAUUCACCAAGCCAGAAGACCGAGAACAAUGACUCUCUCAAUGUUUCUCCAAAGAAUGCUCAAAUCAAGAACACUAUGGGGCUAUUCAAGAUGUUCCACGCUAUGGAGGCGAAUAGCCUAAGCAACUGCCAGAGCGUUCAUAAAUCUUCCCAGAACAUUCAUAAAGACUUGAAACUAAAUCUGAUAUCUACUCUUGACGAAAAUCUCAUAAAUAAACGAAAGAACUCAAUAUCUUCUUCCAAUCUCUUGGUUCCCCAAGCGUUGAACUUCAACGGCAGUUCAAACAUCGAGACUAUUCAGGAACACUCUUUGUCAGUCUCCUCAGUUUCUAAUCUUGGCAAGGACGAAGUUGAAGAUGAGCUUGAUUUGGCCAGGAGAUCAGAUACCUCGACAAAGCAGGCUCCAGAGUCUCCGAUAGUGACGAUGGGCGAAAGAAACUAAGUAAGACUUAUUUUGUAUAUUAAUUUGUUAUUCUUUUACAUAACCUCCUGGGUGGAAGUUUAGGGUUGGGCUUUGGGGCUUGCUCAUCAAACAAAGUACUGAGACCAGUAUUCCUGGUCUCUCGCUACUCCGGCUAAAAUAGCAAGAGUCAAAUCUUG